ACCGAUCGAUGCGUUGAACGAGCGGUGAAAAUCGGUUUGACGGAAACGAAUAGUUAACUAAAUAGAAGUCCGUGAAAAAGUGAUAAAAAUACAAGAUUGUGAAAGCUGGGGGAGAAUGUUUUCGUUGCAUUUCCGUUGCUAACGUUUGCGCACUCUCUUGCUCUCUCUCUCCCUGUCACUAUUGUGCGCGUGCCUGUGUGAGUGCGUCUUGCAGUCAAUUGUUUACAAAUAAAUUGUUGUUACAAACGUGCAAAAGAAUUGCCGGAAAAUCACGAAUUUCCCCAUGAAUUCCACCGUUAAAUGUCGCCCAACAGUGCUGUCGCUGUCGCUGCUGGCGCUGACUGCUCUGCUUCUGCUCCCGGGCAGUGGAGUGUCCGGGCAUCUAAAUGUCUUCCUGAAUCCGGAGGAGGUGAUGCGGCUGCUGGGUGUAUCCGCUGAGGUGUACUACGUGCGCGAGGGACUGAUCAACAACUACGCCCUGAACUUCAUUGUGCCAGUGCCCGCGAAUGUGCGGGACAUCAGCUUCACGUGGCAGUCGCUGGCCGGGCGGGGGCUGCCGUACAGCAUCAACGUGGUCAGCUCCGACCAGGAGGUGCUGCCGCGGCCGUCGCUGAACGUGUCCCACAGCGGGGAGAUCCCCACCUACAUCCAGACGUGGGCCAUCGAGCUGCGGUGCAGCGGAGUGCGGGCGGCGGAGGUGGACGUGACCGUCAGCCUGGAGGUGGUGCUCAACCGGUCGCUGAACAACGUGACCCAUCUGGUGUUCCGGCGGAAAAAGAUCUGCCUGCUCAACGAUAGCGAGGGGGGGGACGAGGACCAGCAGCAGAGCGGGGCUGGGGAGGACGUGGACGAUCCGCUGAUGCUGGAGACUGUGCUGUCCCCGCCGACGGGCCUGAUAACCCUCGUGGUGGGUGUGUCGGUGGCCAUGGGCUCUGUGUGUUUCCUCCUGAUGAUCGCCUACUGCGUGCGGGGGGCGGCCAACAAGCGGCAGCAGCACCAGCACGGGGGCCAGCCCAUGCGGACCUCGAGCUUCCAGCGCCUGAACACCCAUCCCUCGAUCCAUCCCUGCCAGGCCUCCCUGGGCGGAGGCUCCGCCGCCUACAUGACGCCCUCUAUGAUUGCCCCCGUGCACGGGUCAUCGCUGCCGCGCAAGGUGGCGGCUUCCGUGGAGCAGCAGCAGCAUCCGGAGGAGCUGCAUCGCCGCAUCUCCGAGCUGACGGUGGAGCGGUGCCGCGUGCGCCUGUCCAGCCUGCUGCAGGAGGGCACCUUCGGGCGCGUCUACCGCGGCACCUACAACGACAACCAGGACGUCCUGGUCAAGACAGUGGCCCAGCACGCCAGCCAGAUGCAGGUGCUGCUGCUCCUCCAGGAGGGCAUGCUGCUCUACGGGGCCUCCCACCCGGGAAUACUCUCGGUCCUGGGCGUCUCCAUCGAGGACCACACCACUCCGUUCGUCCUGUACCCCGCCCUGAACAACACGCGCAAUCUGAAGCUCUUCCUGCUGGACCCGGCCUGCGCACGCACCGUCACCACCAUCCAGAUCGUGAUGAUGGCCUCCCAGCUCUCGAUGGCUCUGGACCAUCUCCACAGCCAUGGGGUGGUCCACAAGGACAUUGCCACGAGGAACUGUGUGAUCGACGACCAGCUGCGAGUCAAGCUGUCGGACAGCUCUCUGUCGCGCGACCUCUUCCCCUCGGACUACAAUUGCCUGGGGGACAGCGAGAACCGGCCCGUCAAGUGGAUGUCGCUCGAGGCCCUGCAGCACAAGCAGUUCUCGGAGGCCAGCGACUCGUGGGCCUUCGGGGUGCUCAUGUGGGAGCUGUGCACCUCGGCCAAGCAGCCCUACGCCGAGGUGGAUCCCUUCGAGAUGGAGCACUAUCUGAAGGAUGGCUAUCGCUUGGCCCAGCCCUUCAACUGUCCCGACGAGCUGUUCACCAUCAUGGCCUACUGCUGGGCCCUUCUGCCCGGAGAGCGUCCCACCUUCGCCCAGCUGCAGUCCUGCCUCUCCGACUUCUACUCACAGAUCACGCGCUAUGUCUAGGACGAUCUGGAGGGUGUGCCCAAGGCCUGAACCUCUCCAUCUGUCUAUUUUUAGUUAGUCGAAGUCCUGCAGUCUAAUUUAGUUUAGUUUAGUUUCGUUAGCUUUGUAACGAUAUCUGCCAAAUCGAAUGUUCGCCUGUAUAUAUACAUAUAUGUAGAUUAUGGAUAGACCUACUCUAAGAUCAUCGAAGGAAAGACUCAACUUUUAUCACACAUAGAACGUACAGCAUAAAACAUUUAAUACACAUAUAACGGUAGAUUUCAGAUACUUAUUUACGUACAUAUGAACGGCAUCCAGCAUCAAUCCACUAGCUAAAGAACCUAAAGAACCUACAGAACCGAAAAUCAAAUAUAGUGAUAUUUAUCAAUAGCAUUUACGAGUAGAGAAA